CGCACCCAGUCUCGGCGCCUCACCCCCCAAAAUCCUCUCGCGGUCGCGGAUCGCUCUUCCCUCCCCCUCUUAUCUCUUUCUCUUCUCCCAUUCCUUCCUUCCACUCCCCCGCCCAGCGCCACCAUGGCCUCCUCCGUCGCGGUGUCCCUCCGCGCCCUCGCUGCCGCCCCGCUCCCCAAGUCCAGCCCCGCCACUUCCUGCCCCUUCUUCGUGCUCCUUGCGCCGGCGCUGCCCCGACGCCUGCUCCGCCUCCGCUCCGCACGCCGCCUGCCGCUCGCCCCGCUCGCCGCCUCCGAUUCCGCCUUCGAGUCCUCCGUCGGAGUUAACUACGCGGAGCCCGACGACUCGGAGAAGGAUAAGGAGGUGGAGUUGUUCGGAUCGGGUGACGACGAGGGGGCGGGUGAGUUGGUGGAUGACCAUUCCGUAGAGGUCUCAGCCGCUGUCGAGGACGAGGUGGAGGAGGAGGUCGGGGAGUACGUUGAGCCGCCCGAGGAGGCCAAGGUCUACGUCGGAAACCUGCCCUACGACGUCGACAGCGAGCGCCUCGCUCAGCUCUUCGACCAGGCCGGCGUCGUCGAGGUCGCAGAGGUCAUUUACAACAGAGAAACAGAUCAAAGUCGUGGGUUUGGGUUUGUCACUAUGAGCACUGUCGAGGAGGCUGAGAAGGCUGUGGAGAUGUUCCAUCGCUAUGAUGUCAAUGGAAGGCUUCUGACUGUAAAUAAAGCAGCUCCUAGAGGCUCUCGUGUGGACAGACCUCCCAGACAAUCUGGGCCUUCUCUCAGAAUUUAUGUUGGCAACCUGCCUUGGCAAGUGGAUGAUUCUAGAUUGGUGGAGUUGUUCAGCGAGCAUGGUAAAGUAGUUGAUGCCAGAGUUGUCUAUGACCGAGAAACUGGGCGUUCGCGGGGAUUUGGUUUUGUUACUAUGGCAUCGCAGGACGAAUUGGAUGAUGCUAUUGCUGCCCUUGAUGGACAGAGUUUGGAUGGCCGUGCCUUGCGGGUGAAUGUUGCAGAGGAGCGGCCACGGCGAGGUUUCUAAUGAGGUUGUAUCGGGUGGACUGCACGCUUGUUCCAUGGGUUGGGAGCAUCAUAGCAUGUUCUGAUACUGGUUUAGACCUGCCAUUCUCUUUCCUUGUGUUGCUGAGCUUCUAUCAUCGUGUCUUAUUGUGAAGAGGGAACUCUUCACUAAUAUUUUGUUAUGUACUUGUUGUGUUCAAAAGUUCUUGUACUGUAGGCUACUGUUAUGAUGCGCCU